AUGUCUCGCACUACCUCGGCUUCCUCUACGACCACCACGGCUACCACGACCAGCGGCCACGUGCGGACCGUAUCUGUCAAAGCAAACAAUGCGAAACCGCAGCAAUUGAACCCCAUGCCAGCGUCUGAUAUCAGGCUCUUUGUGACCAACUUGCGAUUGCUAGACUUUGACUUGCGAGACGACUGGCCAGACAUUACUGUGCAAACCUUCUCGGCCAAGAAUGCGGAUCAGCGGCAGAGGAUCGCUGGAAUCGAAUGGGCACUGUUCCGCUUGUUUGAGAUCUGGGAUCCCAGCGAGACAGCGCAGAAGCUACAGCCGUUCUUUCCACCCCUCGAACCACUUCAGUCGCUGAACCUCCGCGCCGCGCUCUUCCGAUGCUUGAACGAGUUGAAGAAGAAUGGUGUACUGGGGAGGGAGUCUGUUCUCAGGAAGACGAUGCUGGAUGAGUGCAAGGGCGACAAGUUUUACGAAAUCCUUGCUAUAUUUUCAAAUGUCACCCUGAAGAAGGUGCUUGCAGCGCGGGAUGGAGGAGGUCGGGAUGAGGCAGUUGCAAGAAGACUAGCAACAGCACCAAUGCUUCCAAUCGACCAGCAACAGUCACUGCUUCCAUUGGCAAUUGCGCACCGCGCAGCACUAGUCAACGUGUUGAAGAAGAAGGAAGAAAAGAGAAGAAAGUACAUGGAGUUUGAAGCAAUGCUGGAUAAGAAGGCAGAAGAUAUCAAUCGCCGUAUACAAAAGUGCAAAGAUAGUCCUCGCGCACAGAAGCCUGUUGUGUCGCAGAAGGAGGCAGAUGCUGUCAAGAGGCAGCUCAAAGACAACUGGAUAGGGAAUCAGAAGUGGCUCAAUGUCAUGCUCCAUGGAGAGGAAACUCAUACAGGAGAUGCUUUCCUCAAUACCCGGUUUGAUAAGGUCUGGUACAUGGUGGAGAAAGGACGAAAGCUCGAGGAUGUCGCACCAGAGACCGGAUUGCUGGAGAAUCUUCAAUCAAGAGUGCAGGAGCAGCAGGAGCGGCUGCAGAAAUGGAAGGACUUUCAUGAAGAGUUGCAGAAUGAUGCCUCUGGAAAAGAGAACCGAGUCAAUUUAAAGCGUGUGGCGCCGAUCAAAGAACUCAAGUUUGACGCCCAUUCCCAAUACCAGCUGCCGCCUUCGAAGCAGACAGUGGAGCAAACGGCAAUUAAACGGCCAGCAAUGCGAGUCGAAUAUCGCGACAUCCUGUCUGAUAUGGAUGUGGAAUUGCAACAUGCCGGGAAGAUUCGAGCAGGUCCUGUAUCCACUAUCCUACCGCGACGACGUGCCUCACCCGCAAAAGAAGUCCAAUCGCCGAUCCCGAAGAGAAAACCGACCCUGCCUGAGCCGGUACCUGCGUCACCGACUAGCCCAGUAGUCCCACCAAAACCUAAACAUCUUGCAAGACCCAAUUCUCUGCAGAAAGUGCCUAUACUGCCGAAGCCCUCACACCACGUGGCAGCGGCGUCUACACCAAUUGAUUCAGAGGCAACUCUAGUUGGCCAAGCUUCUGCGCUUCGUAGCUCACCACCGGCAGCUCGUCAUGCUGGGUCGCCGAUACGAAAGUCUCCGCCACCUACACCACCUCGUAAGAAGGGAACACCUAAGGCCGAGAGUCCCGAAGCCACCGUGACUCUCACAGUCCAGCAAGCCUCGCCCUCGCCAAAUGAGCGUGCCUCAAACGUACUGUCAGACUACCCAUCUGAACCCCCAGUCCCAACUUUCGAACCCCCCAUCCUAGACCCCGACGAAGCAAUGGCCGAUCAAAUCAUAAACUCAAUCGGCAACGCCACCCCAUCCCCCGUCAAGAAACCCCAACCCCGCAUGUCCCUCUCCCUCCUCGAACGCACUCGCCUAACCAUGUCCCGCACAAACUCGUCUGAAAACGCACUCGAAUCCCCCCUUCGCUUACCCUCCAUGGCACCACCCCCUCUCCCCGCCAACCACGUCAACCCCGCCGCCGCGGACCUCCUUGAGCGCACUCGUCUGAGCAUGGUAGCAUCGCAAUCUGUGCCCCGCCCCAAACCGUCAAAGCCACAACGCAAAUCCAGCGGCGGCCGCCAGAGUCUGUACCCCGUAAACCAAUUCGAUACCCCGCCGCGGAAUCGCCACCCGGGUCUUGAACGUACGCCUACGGAACAACUGUUUAGCGACGAGGUGGAUUAUGACCGCGUGUUCAAGUCGAGACCGUUGAUUGCGACGAGCCCUGUUUGGAGUCCUGGUGGUGGCGAGGAUGAUGAUGACCCCGAUGGUGUUACGGGGAUUGAUUUGAGGGAUGUGGAUCAGGAUGAUGAUGAGGAGGGAGAAGAGGGAGGGUAUGGGGGUAGUUGGAUGGAUAGUCCAAGUCAUAAGAGGAGAGUGAGGUGCUGA